AUGGCGGAAUACAUACAGCUGGAGCACAUGACCAAGGUGAAGGAUACAACAGAGUCCGAGAAACGUUGUUUUCUACCACACCAUCCCGUCAUCAAAGAAGCUAGCACCACCACGAAGGUUCGUGUGGUCUUUGAUGCGUCGUGCAAAACGUCGUCAGGUGUAUCGCUGAACGAUGCUUUGCUGGUGGGUCCAAUCGUCCAAGAAGACCUUCGAUCGAUCAUGCUUCGAAGUCGCAUGAAGCAAAUAAUGCUGGUUGCCGACGUGGAGAAGAUGUUUCGGCAAAUCUUUAUUCAUACGGAGGAUCGACAUCUUCAAUGUAUACUUUGGCGUUUCGACAUCGGUGCAGUUGUUGACGAGUAUAAACUUAAUACUGUCACCUACGGGACCAAACCUGCUCCGUUCCUAGCGACACGCACUUUCAAUCGGCUGGCAACAGAUGAAAAGCUGCAGUACCCGCUGGCUUCCAGAGCAGUUACUGAAGAUACGUACAUGGACGACGUUAUCACAGGAGCGGAUACAAUUGAAGCAGCAAGCGAACUUCGGAAGCAGUUAGAGGAUAUGACUUCUAAGGGAGGAUUUCGGUUGAGGAAAUGGGCUUCCAACAAACUGGAGGUACUGGAAGGAGUUGCCGAGGACAAUUUGGCAAUUCGUCUGUCAGAAGGAAUUAACCUGGACCCUGAUCCGACUAUCAAGACACUCGGACUGACUUGGAUGCCCAAUACCGAUCAACUGCGAUUCCAAUUCGACGUGCCGUCAUGUCCCAUCACCUCACAACUGUCAAAACGGCAAGUGCUGUCGGUGAUUGCGUCGCUAUUCGACCCACUGGGACUCAUAGGUGCAGUUAUUACCACGGCUAAAGCAAUAAUGCAGCUAUUGUGGAAGAUCAAGGAUAUCAACAAUCAGCCAUUGGAUUGGGAUCGGCCGUUGCCUUCGACGGUGGGUGAGUUGUGGAGAUCCUAUUAUGACCAACUUCCCAUAUUGAACGACCUCCGUAUCGAUCGCUGUGUGGUGGUUCCCAGAGCGGUAGUGGUCGAAAUCCAUUGCUUCUGCGAUGCUUCGAUCAAAGCAUUUGGCGGCUACGUGUACAUUAGGAGUGAAAACCAUGCAGGAGAAAUGAAAGUCCGGUUAUUGUCUUCGAAAUCAAAGGUGGAACCGUUGAAGACACAGUCCAUCCCAAGGCUGGAACUUUGUGGAGCAAGCAUUCUUAACAGCACAACUGUACGGGUAGGUUCGUGA